CGGCCGCCUUAGUCAUCCGAGUGGUUCUGGAACUGGGCACCAACUUGCGUGUUUGUCCCCGGUUCUUUGUGUGCGGAUCAGCUGUGGCGUGGGCUCUGGCAUCUAAUCCAGGAUUUGCCUCUGCGCGAGGCUUAUGGAAAACAGAUGUCUCGCCGCUCUGGGACUGAGCACAGAAUGGAAGUGACCCAGAGGGGAGCAGCCUGGCACCGACGACACGGAGGGAAGGCCCCGGCGCGGCCGGGGAGGCCAGCUCUGCUCCUCGCCUCGGUUCUCUGUGCUGAGCCCGCGGCGUAGACGGCGUCCCCGAGCGGUGUGACCUUGAGACGGCGUGGGGCGGGCACGCCGGCGCCAGGGACUGCGGCCGCCUGAGGUCCAGGUGCGAGCGGCAGCCGCGAGGGUCACGCAGCGUGCAGGGUCGACGGCAGCCGGCCUCCCAUGUCAGUGGUCUAGGAUGGCCAGUGAGGGCGCCAGCAUCCCAAGUCCCGUGGUGCGCCAGAUCGACAAACAGUUUCUGAUCUGCAGUAUAUGCCUGGAACGGUACAAGAACCCCAAGGUCCUGCCGUGUCUGCACACUUUCUGCGAGAGGUGCCUGCAGAACUACAUUCCAGCCCACAGCUUAACCCUCUCCUGCCCAGUGUGUCGCCAGACUUCCAUCCUGCCUGAGAAGGGGGUGGCUGCGCUCCAGAACAAUUUCUUUAUCACAAACCUCAUGGAUGUGCUGCAGCGAACGCCAGGCAGCAAUGGUGAGGACUCUUCCAUCCUGGAGACGGUCACCGCUGUGGCUGCAGGAAAGCCUCUCUCAUGCCCAAACCACGACGGGAAUGUGAUGGAGUUUUACUGCCAGUCCUGUGAGACGGCCAUGUGUCGGGAAUGCACCGAGGGGGAGCACGCGGAGCACCCCACGGUGCCGCUGAAGGACGUGGUGGAGCAGCACAAGGCCUCACUUCAGGUCCAGCUGGAUGCGGUCAACAAAAGACUCCCUGAAAUAGAUUCCGCUCUUCAGUUCAUCUCAGAAAUCAUCCAUCAGUUAACGAACCAGAAGGCCAGCAUUGUAGAUGACAUCCACUCCACCUUUGAUGAGCUGCAGAAGACUUUAAACGUCCGCAAGAGCGUCCUGCUGAUGGAGCUCGAGGUCAACUAUGGCCUCAAACACAAAGUGCUGCAGUCGCAACUGGAUACCCUUCUCCAAGGCCAGGAAAGCAUCAAGAGCUGCAGCAACUUCACGGCGCAGGCUCUCAACCAUGGCACGGAAACCGAGGUGCUACUGGUGAAGAAGCAGAUGAGCGAGAAGCUAAACGAACUGGCGGACCAAGACUUCCCUUUGCACCCGCGCGAGAAUGACCAGCUGGAUUUCAUCGUGGAAACCGAGGGACUGAAGAAGUCCAUCCACAACCUAGGGACCAUCCUCACCACGAACGCUGUGGCCUCAGAGACGGUGGCCACUGGCGAGGGGCUUCGGCAGACCAUCAUCGGGCAGCCCAUGUCCGUUACCAUAACCACCAAGGACAAGGACGGAGAACUGUGCAAGACAGGCAACGCAUACCUCACUGCCGAGCUCAGCACCCCCGACGGCAGCGUGGCGGACGGCGAGAUCCUGGACAACAAGAACGGCACCUACGAGUUCCUGUACACUGUGCAGAAGGAGGGGGACUUCACCCUGUCCCUCAGGCUCUACGACCAGCACAUCCGAGGCAGCCCGUUUAAGCUCAAGGUUAUCCGCUCAGCCGACGUGUCCCCCACCACCGAGGGCGUGAAGCGACGCGUCAAGUCCCCCGGGAGUGGUCACGUCAAGCAGAAGGCUGUGAAGAGACCCGCCAGCAUGUACAGCACCGGCAAGAGAAAAGAGAAUCCCAUCGAGGACGACCUCAUCUUCCGAGUGGGUACCAAAGGAAGAAAUAAAGGAGAAUUCACAAACCUUCAGGGUGUAGCUGCAUCCACGAGUGGAAAGAUAUUAAUUGCAGAUAGUAAUAACCAGUGCGUGCAGAUAUUUUCCAAUGAUGGACAAUUCAAAAGCCGCUUUGGCAUCCGAGGACGAUCACCUGGACAGCUACAGCGGCCCACAGGGGUUGCAGUGCACCCCAGUGGGGACAUCAUCAUCGCAGAUUAUGACAAUAAGUGGGUUAGCAUUUUCUCCAAUGAUGGAAAGUUUAAGACAAAAAUCGGAUCGGGAAAACUGAUGGGACCUAAAGGAGUUUCUGUGGACCGCAACGGACACAUUAUUGUGGUGGACAACAAGGCUUGCUGCGUAUUCAUCUUCCAGCCGAACGGGAAGAUAGUCACCAGGUUUGGUAGCCGAGGCAAUGGCGACAGGCAGUUUGCAGGUCCCCAUUUCGCAGCUGUGAAUAGCAAUAACGAGAUCAUCGUUACAGAUUUCCAUAAUCAUUCCGUCAAGGUAUUUAACCAGGAAGGAGAAUUCAUGCUGAAGUUUGGCUCGAACGGAGAAGGCAAUGGGCAGUUUAACGCGCCGACAGGUGUAGCCGUGGAUUCGAAUGGAAACAUCAUUGUGGCGGACUGGGGCAACAGCAGGAUCCAGGUUUUUGAUGGGAGUGGAUCAUUUUUGUCCUACAUCAACACGUCGGCUGACCCCCUCUACGGCCCCCAAGGCCUGGCCCUAACUUCAGACGGCCACGUUGUGGUUGCAGACUCUGGGAACCACUGUUUCAAGGUCUAUCGGUACUUACAGUGACAGCGGACAGCCCUGCACUGAGGUCUUGCACUAGAAACUGGAACGGAGUUUUCCAUGUGGGACCAGAUUACCAUGGGACUUUUCACACUAGGAGGAACCUUUGGUAAACUUUCCAAGGUUAUUUCUGAAUGUAACAAUUUCCUUAAGAACUGCUUAUCCAAUUUCCGUAAUUCACUUUUAGCAUUUAAAAAAAGAAUCUCUUCUAUUGAAUCUACACAAACUGCGAGGUUUUACACCUGGGAACUAUGGCUCAUAGGACAGGGAUUUACGUAGUUAAACUAAUUUUGCAAAUCAGACAUUAAAAAGUAUUAGCAUAUCUUUUGCCCGGUGAAUGAAUGGUAGCCUUUGCAUCGAGCUUCCAAGAACAAAACUUGUAGUUAUCUAUUUUAUUUAAAUUCGGUCAUGAGACCAAGGGACCUUCUAACCUCACUUUUACAGUAGAUGUUAUUACUCUGGUGACAUUUUUGUUCUUUUUCGAUUGUCAACAACCACAUAUAAUUACUUUAGAAAAAUCUAAGGCUGUCUUGCAAGAUCUUCCCAGCUCUGACUCAGGGUCCUCUUGAGUUGAGCCCAUCAGAAUCAAUGCAAAUUUCCCAACCUUUCGGGGUUCGAUCAAAGAUCUUUUCCGUGUGCUCUCCUCACUCACCUUGCAUCAGAAAAUGAAAUGCGUUUUCAGGAAAACCUGGAAUUCCCGAUGCUUUGGAAGGCAUAGGGGGACCCUUUGGUUGUUAGCUUCAGAUCAACACACUUGGAAAGCAAUCAGGAGAACUCACGUUCAUGUGUUCACGUCUUUCCUCUUCCACAUCACGGAAGCGAAAGCUUUACCUCCUGCAGAAUGCCAGCACGUGUAGUCGGACACCGGUGUCCUAGGACAGAGAGGACGGAUGGUGUCAACCAAAGGCGUGUGGUUGACUCACGGUCUCCCCUUAGAGAGCGAGUGUGACCAAAGUUGUGUUGAGCAUUACAGGUAUGGGCAUGUCAUGGUUGUUUAUCAUUGUCUAAUGAACAGUAGAGGCGUUAAGGGACAAGUAUACAUGGUUAGGGUAAGAUAGAAUGUAUUAUAAAUAUUAUAUAUAUAAAUACAUACGCAUAGCCGAAUCCUUGCUGUGUGGAAAUAGGCAGCACUCGGAAAGACAGAAGCACCGCCCAGCCAGCCUUCAGCUCUUUCCCCGGCUGCUGCAGUUGAAGACAUCCUCCUGGAGAGGGCGCUCCAGCAGGCUCGUGUGUUGCCGUUUUCCAGCAUGAUGCGGACGCCUGACUUCCAGGCAGUGAACGGCUUUCUGUUUUCAAGACAAAGAGGAAAAAAGAAAAAA